AUGUCAAAACAAAAACAAGAAUUGUCUGCAGAAGAAGAGACUGAUGAAGAAUUUAUUACUAGAAUCACUCAACCACGCGUAUGGACUACUUUAAAUGACACUUUUGCAAUUCAAUCAAUUCCGGAAGAUAGAUUAGAAGACGUUAUAGAUUUAUUUACACAUUAUUAUGUACACGAAGAACAACUUUGUAUCGGUAAUGGGUUGACUCACGAUCAAGAAUCUGUUGACCAGUUUAUUGAGCUGGUCAAACAUUGGAUUUCAGACACGUUGUCUACGAUAGUAAUAGAGAAAAGUUCUGGAAAAAUUGUAGGUGUUGUUGUAUGUAGAGUUUGCUUAGUGGAAGAUCAUUCACUCAACUUCAGUCGUUUGAGGCUAUAUGAUGGUAAAAUAUGGAAUGAAAUACACAAUUUUAAUAAUUACUUGAAUCAAAAAGUCAAUAUUUACAAUUUAUACGGAACUGAUGCGUUCUGCCGGAUUUAUGCAUGGUUUGUUUUGCCACCCUACAGACACCGAGGAUUAGGGACAAAACUGUUGGAAUCCGUGAUUGCUAAACGAGUACCUGAAAUGAUGCAUUUUGGUUGUAAAGUGGUGUCGGGUAUUUUUACUGGUAAAACAAGUCAACGUAUAGCCGAAUCUUUGGGAUUGAAAACAUUAUAUGAAGCUAACCACAUGGAAUGGGCUACACAAAACAACGUCCAAUUAAACUAUAAUGAAUUACUAGCCGAAAACGCAUUAGUUAAAGUGAUGGCCAUGGAAAUAAUUUAG